AUGGAUCACGACGGCCAAUUGAUGGCUGUCAAUCCCGACACACCAUUACAACAGGAGACACCAACGCCACAACCUGAUCAGAACCAAGAUGGAGCAGACGCAACCGCCAACACAACCACCACCACCACCCCUAACCCCGAUGUCUCAACACCAGAGCUCCCAGCCGCCUUUCCCAAGCGGCGUCGUGGCCGUCCUCCUGGACGUCCCAACAUGUCCACCAAGGAGGAAGAGUUCAAGGACCACCCGUUAGUCAAGAACUGGAAUGCGGCAUGUGCAAACCCCAAAAACCCCAUUCUUACCGUGGCCGUUGCUAUCCGCGACGCCUUGUCAGACACUGCUCUCAAACAUGAGAAUCAGAGGAAGAUCUUCCGCUUGCCUAGCCAUGAGUACAUACACUUUGUUCAGGGGUGGAUUACCGCUCGUCAUAUCGCUGCUCAACGGCCCAGUUACGUCAACGGUCUACUCAUUCACUCUCGCGGUCAGGACGCGCCGGUGUCGUGUACCACGUGUGCUGAGCGCCGCUCUAAACACUCGUUGGGUCCGUUUUUGGAGUGUCGGGUGCUACCAGAGUUUUUCCAUGGCAGUUGUUCCAACUGCAAGUGGUUCGACAACACGUCCAACUGUUCACUGUACAAGGGUCCAAAGCCAAACAGAAAGAGGAAGGCAAAGGACGAUCAAGCUGCUCUGGAUGCACCUGAGGACGGAGAAGCAGGGCCCAGUGAUGCGAAUCAGAUGGUUGUCACUCAACAGCAUCAGCAACCGGCGGCAGCAGGACAGACUGGUGACCACAUACACCCUCAGCUUAUGGGCACUGGGCCGAAUAUGCACACUGGUUAUCCGGUUCACGGGCUUCAGACGGGUCAGCAUAUGACUGAUGCUCAGUUUGCACUGUCAGAGGGAGGGCAAGGGUCUACGGGAAGUGGGGACGGUGAAAGAGAGGGUGAGGGAAGUGGUAGUGGAGAUGGGGAUUCAGAGUGA